CUCUUCUUUCAGUCUUUUCCUCAUGUAUUGGCUAUUUUGUGUGUGGCAGUGCGUUCAGUCGAGCGUUUGCAUUUUUCGGGAGCAGUAACAAUUAAAACUAACGACCGAUUGGAGGGUAGAAUGGCAGACAACAGGCAUAGCUCGCGGCCGAGGCGGCAGCUGCAUCUCUUAAUAGCCAUUUCAUUGCUGGCUUCCUUGCCACGGGGAGGCGCAACAGGAGACAUGCCGCGGUGGCUGUUGCCCCAGGAGCAGCCAGUUCUGGGACUAAUGCCAGGCCAGGAAGUUUUGGCUGCUGUGCCCGCAUCAGGACGCGUCAGUUUUUUGCUUUACCAAUUAGCCUUGGCCAUAAAUUCAGCCGCGGGCCUGGAACCCCAGACGUUACAGGAAGUGGAAGUGGCUGUGGAGGAGGAGCACCAAGAGGAUGUGUAUCAGGAGUGGAACACGGUCACGGAUCCCCACUGGCUGGCCGCAAUGGCAAAUGAGUAUCAGGUAAAGAGCUUCCCGUUCCCGAAAUCGAAUGUGCCGGUAUACGAGACUUUUCCAGGGGACCUGCAGCACUGGCUGACGGAUAGCUACGGCCUGAGUGCCACGGAUGUGUACCGCAGCUGGAACAUGGCCCAGGCCAGGGGCGGAACGGGAAGUCCCACCCAAGUGAUCUGCUCCGCCGAUGGACAGUGCUAUCAAGUGAGCCAAAUCGUCACCGCCUGCUGUCCUUUUUGAGUUGAGCUCUUAAUAAAUGCGUUGAAAAACAA